AUGGCUCUUGUGAUAUUCCGAAGAUUUCCAGGCAGUUUCUGUGGAACACCUCCCCGACCAGCUCUAAUCACGUACCACAUCAAGAAACUGCCUGAUCAAACCUAUGAAGACUCUGUUCUGACUGCCAACAAAAUCAGUACUUACGCCAGAAUGGCAACCACUCUGAAGCUGUUAAAACCUUUAGGAUAUCAAGUGUUUUGUGGUCCGGUUGCCUACAGUGCCAUCCAAAGAGUGGCUUAUUGGAAUGUUGGAAGCAGCACACGGCCUGGGGGACAAGACUCUGCCAAACAGGUUGAGAAUGUUUGUAUGAUCUCUUCUCGGAAGAUCUUGACAACCAGUAAUGCCUGCCUGGGUUUGGAAUUCAGCAAGGCUUCUACCUCUAAGGCUGGCACGUUGCAGCCAGACUCACCAAGUACCAUGAGUGUUGAAGAGGAUGAUGUAGAAGUCUUUGAUUCCUUUGAAGACCCUCGAACUUUCCUGCAGCUGAGACCAGAGUACCAGCUUCACAGCUAUAACAAAUCUGAGACUCGUCAACCCCUAUCUGUUUCAGAAGGUGAACUAAUUUUGCACAAAAUCACAGUUUCCCAAAAUGAUCUCCAGCCCCAGCUUAUUGCUGAUUAUUUCUGCAAGCUGAGCUCAUUGCCUGCAGAGCAACAUCCUGUUUUGCUGUCCAGUACUAGCUUUACUUUGCUCUACCAGCUAAGUGUAAAAAACAUACAGCACUUUAAUACUCCACAGCUGAUCAGGAUUUUGAAGGCCUUUGUCAAUUUAGGAAUCCCUCAUUCCCAUCCAAUGCUAGAUGUGUAUGAAACCAGAUUUUGCCAUCAAGUAUGGGAAAUGAGCCUGGAUCAGCUGCUCUUAGUGGCUGACCUCUGGCGAAACGUGGGCCGCAGAGUACCUCGGUUUUUAAAAAUCUUUUUUAGUUAUCUUAAUUUUCACUGGAAAGAUCUCUCCUUAUCACAAUUGAUCCACUUAAUAUACAUCAUAGGGGAAAGUCGACAAGUCCCCCAGGACCUGAUGCAAAAACUGGAAUCAUUGAUCCUCAGGUACAUAGACUUAAUCAAUUUAGAGGAAGUUGGUACAAUCUGCCUGGGGUUCUUUAAAUCAAAUAGUAGCUUUUCUGAAUUUGUCAUGCGGAAAAUCGGAGACUUGGCCUGUGCUGACAUGCACCAUCUGAGUAAUUACGCCUUAGUAAAUAUUCUUAAAAUGUUCCGCUUUACACAUGUGGAUCACAUGCAUUUCAUGAAGCAGUUUGGACAGAUUGCUCCUCAGCGAGUUCCUUCCAUGGGAGUUCAGGGUGUCAUGCAUCUGACUCUGGCUUGCUCAGCCUUACGUGUACUGGAUGAAGGGGUGAUGAAUGCUGUGGCUGCUUCUUUGCCUUCUAGAGUAGCAUACUGUCGAAGUAAAGAUGUUGCUAAGAUUUUGUGGUCAUUUGGAACUCUGAAUUAUAAGCCUCCCAACACAGAAGACUUUUAUUCCUGCCUGAUAAAUGAGAUUCACAGGAAGAUGCAUGAGUUUAACCAAUACCCAGAACACCUGUUCACCUGCCUUCUGGGCCUGGCGUUUUCUGAAUACUUUCCAGUGGAGCUCAUCAGUUUUGCUCUAAGUCCAGGGUUUGUCAGGUUAGCUCAGGAGAGAAGUAAGUUUGAACUCACUAAGGAGCUGUAUACUUUGGAUGGUACAGUUGGUAUUGAGUGUCCAGAUUACAGAGGCAAUCGUCUAAAUUCUCACCUUCAGCAAGAGGGAUCUGAAUUGCUGUGGAAUUUAGCAAGGAGAGAUAUGUGUUCAAAGCCUGAAUUCCUAGAAGCUCUCUUUUUACUUGAGACUGUGUUGGGUGGGCCCCAGUACAUUAAACACCAUAUGAUUUUGCCUCAUACCCGAUCUUCUGACUUAGAGGUCCAGCUUGAUGUCAACAUGAAACCAUUGCCAUUCAACAAGGAAGCCACAUCAAGUCAAGAUGUAGCAAAAUUAAGGCUUAAGCAUGUGGGAGUCACCCUUACAGACAAUUUGAUGAACCAGCUUCUAAAAGGGAAAUCAAGAGGGCAUUUCCAGGGAGAAGUUGAAUCAGAGAGUGGGCAGCAGUCCAUGGAGUUAGAGAAGAAGGCAGCCAUACAUUUAGAGCGUUCCCUUUGCAAUGUGACAGACAGGUUGGGGGCCAUGGAAAUGGCUGACCUAUGCCCCCAACACCACCUGCAGGCCCCAGUAAUGAAACUGGCUAUUCAGUUGACAAAUAAGAACCAGUAUUCUUAUGGUUCCAGGCAUCUUCUUGGACUGCACAAUAUGAAGAGGCGGCAGCUGGUUCGGCUUGGGUAUCGUGUGGUAGAGUUAACCCACUGGGAAUGGCUCCCACUACUGAAACGAACUCGUUCAGAAAAACUGGCUUUCCUCCAUGAGAAAGUAUUUACCUCUGCACUUUGA